AUGCAGUCGCUCCACCUCUCCCCGGCGCCGCCAAGGCCGGCCCUCCCGACGCUGAGGCGGCGGCCGGUGUCCUCUGCCGUGGCUUCGGCGCCGGCGCCGAAGCCCCACUUCUCCGCUCCCGGUCGUGCGGCUGCUGUCGGUGGUACCUCAUUCUAUGCCGCCGACCGAAUCUCUUCGCCGCGCCACCUCACCGCCGCGUCUGCAGGGGCUGGGGCGGCGACAUCCAGUCCUUCUGACCCCAGCCCUCUCUCUGCGGAGGCAGAGUCUGACCCCAGCCCUCUCUCUGCGGAGGCCGUGGCCGAACGCGCCAAGCUGGCUCAGGUUAGCAAAAAACUAGAGAAAACAGCACGGCAUUUUAAGAAUUUGGGUACCCUGGGGUUUUGGUCUCAGUUAGUGUGUACAUUUGUUUCGGCUGGGAUUCUGUCAUUCUCUGCGGUUGCUACAGGGAAUGUAACAGCUCCCUUCACAUUCUGUGCAACUGCAGUUGGCAUCGUCAUGGCCUUCAUCUCAGUCUUCCAGUCAUAUGGUUAUAUCCGCCUUUCUGAAAGGCUUAAAAGAACAGCAAAUGAACCUUCGAAGGCUCCUCCACGUGCGGAUGUGGUUAAUAAUCUGAGGAACAGUAUCGUGCUUAAUGUUGUUGGAAUGGCUGCUGCAGUUCUUGGCCUGCAGGCAACUGUAGGUGCUUUGGUAGGCAAAGCACUCACUACCUCACCAGUGCCCUACUACCAGGGAAUAUCCCCUGGACAGAGUCCCGUUCUUGCUUUAGAUAUCUUUCUUGUUCAGGCUUCAGCCAACACGAUCCUUUCACAUUUCCUUGGGAUAUCCAGCUCACUGGAGCUACUGCGGUCUGUAACAUUGACCCAAACAGAAGCUGCCCCAGUGCCAAAACCAGCAUUGCGGUCUGUAACAUUGUCUAAAACAGAAGCUGCCCCAGUGCCAAAACCGGCAUGA